UUCCAUACCGCAUCGAUCCCACUUUAUUGCCGGUCUGUCUCUGAAAGUGAAAGCCCUGUAAGCUGGAUUCUCACGAGCCCUCCACCGUUACUUUUUUAUUCUCCGCCUCAGCAGAUUCCUUACCGAAUUCAACUUUCAGCGAUCUCUCUCGACUUUCUCCUUCAUUUUUUCCCAAGCGAGGCAUCUUUCCCUCUCAGAGAUUCUCUAAGCUUCCACUCCUCUCUCCUUUUCAACUGGCCACCCAUUAUUAACGGACAAUGUCUAUUGCCUUGUCCCUCCCUCCUUCCUCUCCAAGCCGUCACUUCCUCCCCCCAACCGUCUCUUUUUCUAUUUGUCCUUUUCAUAUAUUUAUUUUUACGGUUCCUUUUGGCCCCGUCCAUCUUCCGGCGAAAUCUAUACAUUGCUCUCGAUCCUCAUGGCUCCCUCUACUGUCAACCAACUAUCUCAGCCUUGUAGUUACAGCACUUGCCACUACCCAAUUAUAUAUAUAGCUUCUCGCACUUGCUAGUUGCUACAAAACCGCCAACGGAUCAUUUCGAACGAACGCGUUCGAUUAUAUGUAUAUAUGUCUGCUCGGGAGUUUGCUUCUUCGAACAGGGAGAGAAAGUCUCGCUUUAUGAAUUGGCUGAGUAAGCUUUUCAAGAGUGGGUCCAGCCGGGGAGAGGUUGGAGGUAGUGCCCAUCAUCCCCAGCUCCUUGGUGAGGAAAACAUGAUUUGGCCUGCACCCGCUACAUCAUGGGAUGAUCGCUAUAGGGCACAGAAGGAAAAAGAAGAACUAGACCGUGCAAUUGAACUUUCCCUGGCUGAAGAAUUUAGGAGACCCUAUGGAUAUAGACGACCGGCAGACAAUGACGAACAGCUUGCAAGGGCACUUCAGGAUGGCUUGCAUUCACCUCCAUAUCCUGCUCAUCCUCCUGUCCCAUAUUAUGCGAGGGAAGUUAGAAUAUGCGGAGGAUGCAAACGUAACAUAGGCUAUGGCAUUUAUUUGGGUUGCAUGGGAACAUUUUUCCAUCCGGAGUGCUUCUGCUGUCAUGCCUGUGGUUACCCAAUUACUGAGCAUGAGUUUUCUUUGUCAGGGAGGAACCCUUAUCACAAAUCUUGUUAUAAAGAGCUGAAGCAUCCGAAAUGUGAAGUUUGCCACCAAUUUAUCCCAACAAAUGCUGCCGGUUUGAUCGAGUAUAGGUGCCAUCCAUUUUGGUCUCAAAAAUAUUGUCCAUCACAUGAGUACGAUAACACAGCUCGUUGCUGUAGUUGUGAACGUUUAGAGUCUUGGAACGCGAGAUACUAUUCUCUAGGAGAUGGUAGGCGUUUAUGCUUAGAGUGCAUGGAAUCUGCUGUCAUGGAUACCGGUGAUUGUCAACCCCUUUACCACGCCAUACGAGAUUAUUAUGAAGGAAUAAACAUGAAACUCGAUCAGCAAAUCCCAAUGCUUCUGGUUGAAAGACAAGCACUUAAUGAAGCCAUUGUGGGGGAGAAGAAUGGCGUUCAUCACAUGCCAGAGACAAGGGGUUUAUGUCUUUCUGAAGAGCAGACAGUCACCAGUAUACAUAGAAGGCCGAGACUUGGUGGCUAUCGACUGGUAGGAAUGAGAACCCAACCCCAAAAGCUGACUCGAAAAUGUGAAGUUACGGCGAUUCUUGUCCUCUAUGGUCUUCCAAGAUUACUCACAGGUGCUAUUCUUGCCCAUGAGUUGAUGCAUGGCUGGUUACGCCUUAGAGGCUUCCGGAAUCUUAACCCAGAGGUAGAGGAAGGUAUCUGUCAGGUGCUUUCAUACAUGUGGCUCGAGUCAGAAGUGACGACAAGAUUCGGAAGCAUGCCAUCUACAUCAGCAGCUUCGUCCUCAUCAUCAUCGUCAAAAAAAGGUGUAAAGUCUGAUGUCGAAAAUAAACUGGGUGAGUUUUUCAUGCACCAAAUCGCAAAUGACGCUUCCCCAGCAUAUGGAGGAGGAUUUAGGGCUGCCAAUGCAGCUGUCAAAAAGUAUGGUUUACGCUCCACCCUGGACCACAUUCAUUAUACUGGGAACUUCCCAUUUUAAUCGGAAGAGAUGUUUUCAGUGGCUUUAUCUUAAAGAUACCAAUAUGCUCCUUGAAAGAGUUCAGCCCCUAACAGAAGCUCGGACGACAUGCCCCUUCAAUUUUCAUAGGGGGGACGUAUGUCAAAAAUGCCUCUUACAGUCUAAUAAUAUAAACUUUUUACUAGAGGUGCAAAACUUUUUA